AUGACCAUCAAAGCCGGACAAUCGGUUAACGCAGCCCUCAAGAAAGUCAAACUUUAUUCACCUACUCCAUCAACAUGUUCAAACUUUCCACUUGGUUAUUUAACUUCAGGAGUUCAUUGUGGAAUUAAAUCUAUAAAAAAAACUCAUCAUCUCGAUUUAGGUCUUAUUAUUUCUACUGAACCUGAAACUGUAGCUGCUGGUUGUUUUACAAGAAACGUUUUUAAAGCUGCACCUGUUCAAUUAGGUAUUCAAACCUUAACUCAAUCUCAUGGUCAACGAAUUCGUGGUGUGGUUAUCAAUAGCGGUUGUGCGAAUGCGGUGACGGGAAAACAAGGAAUGAGAGAUGCUGAAAAGAUGGUAGAAGAACUUGAUGCACUUCUUAAUCGUCUUGGUUCUUCGGAUACGAAAAGUAAAGACAAACAACUCAGAAAUAGUCUAGUUAUGUCAACAGGAGUCAUCGGUCAACUUUUACCAAUGAGACGAGUACUAGGUGGGAUCGAAAGUAGCUUCAAAACACUCGGAAACUCAUUCGAAGCUUGGUUAUCUACUGCACAAGCUUUUAUGACGACUGAUACUUUCCCUAAAUUAAUUACUCAUACUUUUAAGAGUGGAGGAAAGGAGAUCAGGUUAGCUGGAAUUUCUAAAGGAGCUGGUAUGAUUCAUCCAGCUAUGUCCGGUCCACCUCAAGGCACUUUACUCGGUUUGGUUGCCACUGAUGCAGCGAUUGAUGCGAAGUCACUUCAAGUUGCGUUAAAUCAAGCGGUUCAACGAUCUUUUAACUCUAUCUCUGUAGACGGUGAUAUGUCUACCAAUGACACCAUCCUAGCUCUCGCCAACGCCGCCGCUGCAAAUCCCCUUAUCUCUCACCAGCCUACGAAUGGCCAAACGACUCCGGUCGAGUUUGAACAAUUUGUGGAUGAACUAACUGGUUUUACAACUCGUCUUGCUCAACUUGUAGUCAGGGAUGGUGAAGGUGCAACAAAGUUUGUUAAGAUCACUGUAAGAGGUGCAGAUAAUGUAGAAGAUUCACAAAGAGUAGGAUCAACGGUAGCACGUUCAGCCUUGGUGAAAUGUGCACUUAAUGGAGAAGAUGCAAAUUGGGGAAGAAUACUAUGUGCGGUAGGAUAUACUGAAACUAAAGUGAAAAUAGAUCCAGAAAAGGUUUCAGUGAGUUUUAUACCUGUAGGAGAACCUGAAGGGAAUGAAUUGAAGUUAUUGGUAAAGGGUGAACCUGAAAUAGUGGAUGAAAAUCGAGCAAGGAAGAUUCUGGAAGCUGAUGAUCUACAGAUCCUUAUUGAUGUUGGUGGAGAUCCAAAGAUGGAGAUAAGUUAUUAUACUUGUGAUCUCUCCAAGGACUAUAUCGGUAAGUAA